AGAAUUUUAGAACUGAAUGGAUUUUUGGAGGGAAUCUAGAAAGUAGAAGGCGUGUAACUUCAUUAAUUUGUAUAAAAUUAAGCCAGAACAAUAAUAAGUUACAGUUAAUAAAAUUCAAGAUUUAUUUAAAUAAAAAAAGAUGUCCCAAACAACCCUUACAAAUUACUUUAAUAGUCGAAAAAGGCCAGCUUCUGAUGAUGUAGUGGCUUCGAAAAACAAAAUUCCUCACAUUGAAAGAAGUUUACCGACCGAGUCAUGCAGAAAAAUUCCACCUUUGAAGAAAACUGCGCCAGUCAAACUUAACGAUAAGUCUUCAUGUGUGAAUAAUCCGGUAUUGAAAAAGCCAGUCGAUGGCAGUGUAUCUGUAUCGUCUAACGACACAUUAGAACAUAAAGUUGAUCAGCCCUUCGUAAAAAAGUCAAGUGCUUCGAAUAUCAUAAAGAACAAUAAAGUAGAAUCCGCGAGUGUUGCUCGGAAAGAGCUCAGUUUGGGAGAUAUAAGAAAAAAACUUGCAAAUAGUUCUAGGUUAGCAGAGAUUAAAGCCUCAAUCGAACGAAUUUCGAAGGGAAUUCAAGAAUUAAAGGAUAAUGACAAAAAAAAUCUAAAAGAAUUCAAGUCAAUUGAUGUGGACAUACCACAGAGUCCAAACAAGAGAUUUGCACAGUUAAUUCAAAAUGAGCUUUUGUCACCCAAGAAAAAAGUUGAUUUAGCUGCAGACCUUCAAAAAUCACUAAUAUCACCAAGAAAAGUUGUUGUAAGCCCAGCCAAAAGUCCUAGUAAGGUCUCUGCAUAUAACAAGCAUGAAGCGUAUGUAUCAUCUUCUGGUCUACCUCUGCCACAACAGUACAGACACCUUGCGGAACUUUUCAGGGCAGUAGAAACAGUGAUAGCUUUACUCUACAAUAGAAAUGAAAAAGUGACAUUUAGCAAACUUAAGCCGUCUGUUCAAGAAAUGUUGAAAAGAGUUUUUACAGAAAAACAUGUGGCACAAAUCAAACAUUUGGUGCCAGAUUUUUACCAUUUCGAGGUACAGAAAAUAAAAAGCUUCAGCACAUCAUCAAACAAGGACUCUUAUGAACUGGUUAUCUCUCCAAAUUUCCCAAAUGACAUAAAGACUAUGAACCCUAGCGUAUUAUUAGAAAGACGUAGAUAUUUUUAUGAAACUUUGAUGCAAUUAGUAAAGAAACAUCACAGUCUAUAUCUAUCAACUCUUGACCCACCCAUGAUAAUACCAGACCACAAGUUAGUUCGCUGGCAUCCAGAAUUUGAAUUAGAAAAGGUGCCAGAAGUUGAAAGUGCCAAAUUACCAGAAGCACCUAACCCUGAGAAAGUUUCAUCUGCUCAAGAUGUCCUUGCAAAGGCAAGACAGCUUUUAAAAUGCAACACCAAGAUGGAGCGAGCUUUGGAGAAACUUGCACAAGCAAAAUCUAGGGGGUUGACUGAGCAGGAAAAAUCUGUGACUGGCUAUAAAGAUACAAAAACAGUUGGCUUGCAAACAAAUGAACCUUCAACUAGUAACAUAACAUUAUUGAAUCCAGCUCUUUCGGGAUUACCAGCAGCACUGCUUGAGAAAGUCAAAUUAAAGCAAGCAGCAAAAGCUCUUGAAGCCAUGACAAGAUCUUCGGACAAAGAGCAAAAGUAUGUUAUCUACAGUCGCUUACCAGAUCUGGCAAGAACUUUACGAAAUAUUUUUGUAACUGAGAGAAAGAAUGUAUUAGCUCUCAACAUUAUACUCUCUAAAUUAGACAACAGCUUCAAGUCCAGUGUAUCAGCUAAUGAUAUACAAAGAGAUAUAAAUAUAUUGACAGAGGCAGUACCUGAGUGGGUGAAAAUGCAUAAUAUAAGAAACACAUCAUAUUUAAAGUUAGAAAAGAGUACUGAUCUGAAGACUGUUAUUUUGAAAUUAGAAGCGGAGGCUGCUAAAUAUAAGCUAGAAUAGUUAUUUAAGGAAAACAGCGGAAAUGACUCGUAUUUUAGUACAAAGUGUAUUUUAACUUAUACCAUUGAUCAUGUUAGUGAAAUUCCUUCAAUGAAGGUAACAUUAUUUAUAACACAAUUUUGACGUGAAAUCAACGAUUUGAAGUAUUGUCUAGUUUUAAGGUAUGGAUUUUAUAAACAUACCAUCAUUAGGAGAGGUACAAACUGGUCCCAUUCGUAAUCUGUAGAAAUUAUUAUUUCUAUUUAUAGGCGAGGGUAACACAGUGCAUAUAUUAUAUCCUAUGUUAUUAUACAAAACAUUUUUUACAAGUGGUGAAUAAAAGAUUUGUAACAAUGAAAUUUCAUAGCAUAUAGGUCUUACAGUUAUUUUGAACAGGUUACAUUGACCUUAUUAAGUAAUUUAUGUUUUGUUGAUAGUAUUAUUUAUUUUUAGACAUUACAUUGAUGACAUAAUAGCCUCAAUUAUCUAACGGCCAUUCCUAAUAUACUAUGUACAGAUAUAGAUAAAUUACUACCUUCUACUGUCAGUAAUUAGCUGUCAAUAAUCUGAAGCUGCCCCAAUAUACCCAAUAAGUUAUUCUUAUUGCCUUAUAUUUGGACGUAUGAAUUGCAAUUUCCAUACAAACUUCUAUCGCUGGUAAGCUAUAUGUCGUCUCACUGACAGACAGCGUGUACGGAUAAGGUUAUUGGGAUGGAAAAGUCAACGAUACUUAUGACUUUUAUCUUAAGUAAGAGAUCGACUGAAUAUUGGGAACGGCCGUUAAUUUACUUCAAAUUAGGAACGUUUUCACUUGAAAAAUCUAGAUGUUAAUUACUACUUAAGUUUUUGUGUGUUUUUUAUUAAAUAUACGAUUAAGAGAAAAUUUCAAAUAAAACAUCUUUUGUAAGAUUGA